AUGAUCCAGCACAUCAAUCUCCAGAUCACCGACAAGGAACAGACCCGCGAGUGGUAUGAGAAAGUCCUGGGCGCUGAAUACCUCGACCGCGGCCCGGAACUGAACCAGGGACAGCUACAGCUGAGGAUCGGGAGCGGCGAAAUCCACAGCACUCUUACCCCGACCCCCAACCCGUCGGGCCACUUCGCCCUGGAAAUCCACGACUGGGACGAUAUGAUUGCCAACCUGGACGCGCUUGAAAUCCCGUAUUCCCCGCCCACGGUCCGUGGCUACAGUGGCGGGCACUCCACCUACAUCAAAGACCCCGACGGGAACAUGAUCGAGCUGGUGCAGCACCCACUGGGGCUGAGGAACUCCAAGGACGAGACCGUCGAGGUGGCGCAUGACCCCAACGGCAUGAGGUUCUGGUACAACUGGGUGCCCCUGCUGUCCCGCCAGUUCCGCAUCCUGCGCCCCGACAUGAGGGGCAUGGGCGGCACCAGCAUCGACGAGGCCCAGUUCGAGCCUUCCCUCGACACUUUUGUGGAUGACUCCUUCGGGGGCAUCAUCGGCCUGAAUUUCGCCCACAGAUACCCCGCGCGCACCCGCGCGCUGGUGCUGUGCAACACCCCCUGCCGCCUGCCCCGCCGGGAACGUUCCGGACGGGGAGAGGAAGUGGACGCCGCCCUCAGUCGGAGCGUGGGCGCCUGGUCCACCGCCACCAUCAACAACCGGCUGGACACCCGGGUGGCGCCGCAGGGACUCAUCGACUGGUACAUCGCCGAGAUGGACCGCACGCCGUCCUCCAUCGGGCGGAGCCUGCAGGGAUACCUCGAUACUCUGGACUUCAGCCCUCACCUGAAGGAGGUCGAAACCCCGACGCUCCUCCUAGUGGGCGAGGAAUCACCCACCUCCACGCUGGAGCAGCAGCAGUUCAUGGCCGAACAGUUGCCCGACUCCCAACUGGUGGUCUAUCCCGGCCUGGGCCACGGGAUCAAUGCCAUCCACCCGGAGUGGUGCACUCAACAGGUGCGCCAGUUUGUAACUUCGCUCACCAAUUAA